CGCACUUUCUUAUUUUCCUUGAUGAGUAAAGACCCCAAGAAAAAGACGCCUCUUCUUACUCACUUGGUUGCCGGUGGAGCAGCUGGUCUGAUCGAAGCUUGCACUUGCCAUCCACUUGAUACAAUCAAGGUUCGGAUGCAGCUUGCCAAGACUACACCCAGAAAUGCAGCGGGAAAGCGCCUGGGGUUCUUUGGCGUAGGCCUGAAGAUAGUUAAGAACGAGUCUUUCUGGGGUCUCUACAAGGGUCUUGGUGCUGUCGUUUCUGGCAUUGUCCCCAAGAUGGCUAUUAGAUUCAGUUCCUUUGAGCUUUACAAGUCUUGGCUGGCUGACUCUACUGGAAACGUCAGCACAACUGCCGUAUUUUUUGCCGGUCUUGCUGCAGGAACUACUGAAGCAGUUGUUGUAGUUGGACCAAUGGAUCUGAUCAAGAUUCGACUACAGGCUCAGAGACAUUCUAUGGCUGAUCCUAUGGAUAUCCCAAAAUAUCGUAAUGCUCCUCAUGCUGCAUUUACAAUUGUACGAGAAGAGGGUUUCCGUGCCUUAUACAAAGGAGUUGGAUUAACAGCUUUAAGACAAGCUACCAAUCAGGCAGCCAAUUUUACGGCGUACCAAGAAAUGAAGAAGUACGCAAAGCGACUCCAAGGAUUGGACGAACUUCCUUCUUACCAACAUUUGAUUCUCGGUGGCGUUUCUGGCGCAAUGGGUCCCCUAUCAAAUGCACCAAUCGAUACUAUAAAAACACGUAUCCAGAAAUCAAAUGCAAAAGGCUCUGCAUGGAAUCAACUCAAGAGUGUUACAAGUGAAAUAUUCUACAAGGAAGGAUUUAGAGCAUUUUACAAAGGGUUGACUCCGAGAUUACUAAGAGUCGCACCAGGGCAGGCUGUGACGUUUAUGGUUUACGAGAAGGUUCGCGCAUGGCUUGACAUUGCGACAGGAGUUCAGUAAAGAAAAAAAAAGAAUUCAGUCCACGGGUUUAGGCCUUAUCAUAGACGAAGAGAAAUGUUGAAUCAUAUAUUGAGAAUGUAUGUACGUUAAAAAAAUACAACAGAUGAGAAAGUAUUCUCCGUAAUGGUGUGUGCAAAAUACGAGGCUAUUCGAAUGUAGAUAUCAUUAUAUUAUUUCGAUCCUUUUAUGUAUUUCAUGUGUAGGGAUACAUAUAAUACAAGUAGCCUCAUAAUAUCAG